UGUUCUCUUCUCUGUGCUCGCCAUGGGGCAGCAGUCAAGUAAUCAGAUCUCGGAAACGAGAAUCAAGGCUCUGGAAAUCCAACAGCUUUACCAACAGCUGGAAACGUCCUUGGCAAAACCUGGCCGUGUGCUGGACGUGGGUGACGCCUAUCGGCAGCUUCUGACGUGGUGCAAAGAGAUUCGCCGCCCCAACAACGAGGUGCUGAGCGGCGUCCUGGAGGUUCUGAGCCACGAGGAGGGAUUUCCAGCCUGGCGGCGGCAAGCUUUAGAGGAAGCCUAUCGCAUCUUCUACGACGAGGCCGCUGACCUGGCGCUGGAGGAGCUCCCCAAGCUGCCCGAGCCGCCCACCUCGGAGGACAUUGGCUUCAGACCGCUGUCGGAGGAACUGCUCAACGGCCAGGCGGUGCAGCAAGAGAUCUAUGAAGGAUCCUUCACCGAUAGCAGUCUGCUGUUCCGCAGACGCUGGGACUACGAAAUCCACAGAAUACAGCAGACAGGGGUGACACCGUCGGGCCGCAAGAUUGUGGCAAAGGUGGCGAUGUCCAGAUACUUUGACGCUGCCGGGGAAGUGGCCGGCAAGGCAAUCCAGGCGCUGCUGCCGGUGAAGGAGUGUUGUUCAGCGCGCGAGGAUGCUCGAGCUGCCAAGGGCCCAUUCCUUCUGCCGAAGGGUGCGCGGGGUCAAAGGUCAGGACCCAGCGAAGCAUCCCAGGAGGGGCGACCGAAACCGGUUCCCAAGAUGGAGCCUCUACACUUUGACGACCACGAUGUGGUGAAGCCGCGCGCAAGGCUCAGCUUUCCGCAGCCCCGAGGGUAGCGGCCAGUCCGAUGUGAGUGACACCCCAAAAUGGAUUUAGUUUCUGAUUUGGGAGAGGUGACAACCUUGGGGUGCUCCAGAACAUCAGCCAUGCCUGGUUUAUGGAACACCCAUGGUUGAGACGCCAAAGGCUUAGAUGAAUAGCUGUGGGAAGGCCAAACUCGGUGGGGCCAAAGACGCUCCCGCGCUGAUUUCCCGCGAGAAGA